AUGGUAAGACCAAGAAGAGCUGGAACUAACUAUAGGGCUAACUCGGAAGAACCUCAACCGGAAGCUCAACCGGAAGUGCAAGGAGGUAGAGGUAGGGGCCGGGGUGGUAGAGGUCGUGGUGGAGGACGAGGUAGGGGCCGAGGUAGGGGUCGUGGUGAGGCUCCCAGGCCUAACUUGGCGGAUGUGAUUGCUCAAACGGUCUCCAAUAUCAUGCCGACUAUUGUUGCCCAAGUCCAAGCAACUCUUGAUGGGAACAAUGGGGUACAACCUAAUGAGCAUCAAAACGUUGGAAACCCGGAAAAUGUGAAUGAUGAGGGUGCUCAACCUCAUGUUGUAGUAGAAGAAGAAGAAGAAGAAGAACUCGAAAGAGCGGAUAACUAUAGGGCUAGGUAUAACCAACACGGAGUGUACCGCCAAGGUUGUCAAUUCAAAGAUUUCAAGAAUUGUGGGGCACCGGAGUUUGAUGGGUUGGGUGGGCCCGUGGAAUGUAUAAAAUGGUUUGAGAGGAUUGAAGCGGUGAUUGAAAGGAGUCAUUGUACUUAUGAUGACCGAAUUUAUUAUGCCUCCGGUAUGUUCAAGGAGGAUGCUUUAAGUUGGUGGAACCAAGAGAAGGCCUUGGGUCGGGCCCACAAUUUGGAAUGGGCCGACUUCAAGAACAAAGUGAAAGAGAAAUUUUGCCCACCUUAUGAGCUCCAAAACUUGACCAUCGAGUUUGUCCAUCUCAAAAUGGACGGGGCCGACUACAAGGGCUAUGUUAGACGAUUCCAAGAGUUGUCUACCCUUGUUCCUCACCUAGUGAGCACCGAGUCUCGGGCCAUUGAGAAGUUUGUUUUGGGUUUGACUCAACAAGUCCGUUCUCUCAUCAAUCCGGUCAUGCCUACUUCCAUGGUCGAGGCUAUUAACCGUGCCGGUAGUGUUACCGAAGACUUGUUAAGAAGUGGAGUUUUGAGUAAAUCAUCAUCCUCAUCAUCAAAAAGAAAGGAGGUUGGGGAAACAAGUGGUCCAAGGAAGAUGGGGAGGUUUGACUCCAAGAAUGCUAAUCGGGGUAGGGUGAUGGCGGCGGUGGAGCCGGUGAAGAAGCCUUAUGUGGGGCCCCACCCACAUUGUGGAAGAUGCAAUAGACACCACCCCGCCAAUGUUCAAUGUGGGGCAUGCUUUAAUUGUAACCGUUUGGGGCAUAUGGCGAAAGAAUGUAGGGCACCAAGGGUGGGUACGGGUCCGCUCAAUGUAGCUCCUAUUCAAGCUCUUCCUCCUCAAGGCAAUCAAAGAAGAGGCGAAUGUUAUGUGUGCGGUAGCCCAAAUCAUUACCGUAACAAUUGUCCUCAAUGGGUGGGACAACAAGUUCAAGUGGCCGUUCACCCCAAUCAACUACAAAUUGCCGGGCCUAACCAAAACCGGGGACAACAAGGUCACCAAGCGCAACCCCGUGGCCGAGCCUUUGCGGUCAAUGCAAAUGAGGCCCGUAAUGAUCCCAAUGUUGUUGCAGGUACCUUUCUUCUUAAUGGUCAUUAUGCAACGGUUUUAUUUGAUUCCGGAGCCGAUUAUAGUUUUGUGUCCUCUCGCUUUAUCCCUUUGAUUGAUGUGCAUCCGUGUGCCCUAAACUAUGUACUCGAUAUAGAAACGGUAAAUGGCACCUUAGCAAAACUUAGUCAAAUACUUCGUGAUUGUAUUUUGACUCUAAACGACAUCGAAUUCUACAUCGACCUUAUGCCUUUUGAAAUCGGUAGCUUUGACGUUAUUGUGGGAAUGGAUUGGUUAACGGCGGUAAAUGCAACUAUUGAUUGUGGGGAGAGGGUUGUUAAAAUACCGUUGUCUAGCGGUAAAAUUCUUAGAGUUCAAGGUGAAACUUCCGAUUCUCUAAAUUCUAAAGUCUUUAGUGCUACCAUCUCAAAGGUAGAAUUGAAGACUGUUCCUAUUGUUUGUGAAUUCUCUGAUGUUUUUCCGGAAGAAUUACCGGGAUUACCCCCAUCUCGUGAACUUGACUUUCGUAUCAAUCUUAUUCCGGGAGCCGCACCCGUGGCAAAAGCUCCUUAUAGACUUGCCCUCACUGAAAUGCAAGAACUCGAAGCUCAACUUAAGGAACUUCAAGAGAAAGGUUUCAUCCGUCCUAGUCAAUCUCCUUGGGGUGCUCCCAUUCUCUUUGUCAAGAAGAAAGACGGGUCGUUUAGAAUGUGUAUAGACUAUCGGGAGUUGAAUAAGCUUACGGUGAAGAAUCGAUAUCCUCUUCCUCGAAUCGAUGACCUUUUGACCGACUUCAAGGUGCCAAGCACUUUUCCAAAAUCGAUCUCCGCUCGGGUUAUCAUCAACUCCGGGUUCAUGAUGAUGACAUUCAUAAAACGGCUUUCCGAACUCGGUAUGGGCACUUUGAAUUCACCGUUAUGCCUUUCGGGUUGA